UCAACUCCACAUUUCUACUUUGACUCUUGUACGGUGAGCUUCAAAAGCAAUCUUUAAACCACCGCACGCGGUUAUAUAUUUUUAUAUAAAAUAUAUACAUACAUAACUAUUUGAUAAUACUAUCAAUCACACGUUAUAAAAGUGUUAACGCGUAAUUGCUGUUAGUUCACUUUGAUACACACCAUUAAGUGAAUUGAUUUUUUUUUAAAUAUUGUCUGGACACUUGUGUUAUUAUUUUGUUGUCGCGAUCACCUGUGACGUGUUCAACACUAAGUGACUUAUUGAAAGGAUUAAUUUUUUGUCGAUAAUUAUUAUCAACAAUAACAAGAUGCAAAUGCACGAGCAAAUGAUGAUUGUCGAUGGACAAGAACAGCCGAUCUCCAGAACUUAUCAGUACAGAAAGGUCAUGAAACCAAUGCUUGAAAGAAAACGACGAGCUCGCAUCAAUCGGUGUCUAGAUGAGCUGAAGGACCUGAUGGUCACUGCACUUGCCGGUGACGGAGAGAACGUUGCUAAACUCGAGAAAGCAGAUAUUCUUGAACUGACAGUACGUCAUCUUCACAAACUACAACGUCAACAACGUCUGUCAGCAAAUCCCGUACUCGACUCAGAUCGUUUCCGUGCCGGUUACACUCACUGUGCCAACGAAGUCAGCCGCUGUCUUGCUGAAACACCCGGAGUAGACGUCGCACUGGGUACCAAGCUGAUGACACAUCUCGGUCACAAGCUUAUCUCAAUGGACAAAACCGGACCACUUACUAUUCACGUAUCAGCACCACCACCACCACAGUCAUCACCGUCAGUGUGCAGCGAGUCAUCAAAUUCAUCAGAAUACUCUAUGCCAUUGACACCAGCCUCCAGUCAACCAUCUCCAGUUGGAAGAUCAGCAGAAGGUGAAACAAACAUUUCAACACAAACUCAUCAGGGAUUACUAAAAGUUGUUAAACCCAAUGAAGCUGUCUGGCGACCAUGGUAAUGAAAAUUAUCAAAGUCAUAAAUUGAAUCAAGAUUAAUGACCUCACACUACAUACCACUGUUGUUAUAUAAAUAAGUAAAUAUACAUAUAUAUAUUGACUGUGAAAAUUGGCCGAAUUACUCAGGGCAGGCAGCCAACUGUGCAGUCGAAUUAAAUUCUACUGUUAACAAAAAAUAAUUAAGAAGAAGAAGAAGAGACGACAAAGAAAAUAUAAUAAUUAUUAAAAGACUUCUGCUGAGCUAAAAUGUCUAUACAAUUGUUAAUAAAAUUGGUGAUGAUAUAGACGACUGGACUGUGAUUCAACGGAGGUCCUAAUAAUUACAAGUUGGUCUGGGAUCAAGCAAGAAAAUCAAGACUAACAAAGAAUAAUUAAUUGUUUAUUCUUCAAUCAACGAUACUGAAUUAUUAUUUAAAUUUAUUAGAGUAUAGUAGAUUUAAUUAGAUAAAUUAAGACACCUCGAAUUGCUCAAAUCGAUCUAUUGGUAUCAAUAUGUUAGAAGAAGAAAAAAAAAGAAAGAUAAAUACCAAGGAAACGAUUCUUAAAAUAGCAAAUCAUUUCAAUAGAAUUUGUUUUAGGAGAGAUUAAGACACUCUGAUCUCGUUAAUUGUCAAGGCCACUUUUAAUGUGUGUGGUUAUAUUUUAAAUGAAUAUGCCAAGUGGUUAAGCUUUAAUUUACUUUUAUUGGUAAACAGUUAAAAUAUUUUUUUUACUCUAACAUUUUAUUGUACUGUUUAAUUUCAUACUUUUAUUAAUCAAGUAAUUUUUUUAAAACCGUUUCGGCGCAAGUAGAUUCUUAUAUUUAUCAUUGAUUAAUUAUUGAUUAUUACUAUUAUUAUUUUUUUAUUAUUAAAUUUUAAAUAUGUAAUUGAGCGAGUGCAAUGUUGUUAAUUAUUAAUUUAAGCGCCGAAAUUUAUGCGCCUCGCCUCGGUCUGUUGUAAAAAAAAAAAUAAUUUUUCACAAAAUAUCGAUCAUUGGAUCCUUGAAAAUUUAAAUCGUCAUUUUUUGGGUAAAUAAAAUUAAUAAAAAAAAAAAAAAAA